CAACAAAUUCUGCACCUUUAAUAUAACUCGGAGAAUCCUUGGGGUAAUCAUUUGGAAAAAGUUGCAGCAGUUCAUACCUUUGUUAUUCCGCGUAUAGGCCUAACCGCGUCGUUAUAGCAGUAUCUGAAGUUUAAGAAGAUAAGUCGAAAAUAGUGAUACCCCGAGAACAAUACACUUCACACAGAGCGAAUGCAUUUAUUACACCUGUUAUCAGAAUUAUCGCUUCGGAGGUUUAUAUAGAUUAACAGACUUAAUUAGUGUCCUAAUUGGGGGAUUCAAGAACGAAGUAAUUUUAAACGUCCCAUUACUUCUAUAUUUUCUGUUGUGAAUGUUUCAGUGAUGGCUAUGACUAUUAUACGUAAUACUUCUGGCAGUGAAACAAAAUCAAAUGAGCGUCUUAGAAACUAGACGUACUGAUAAUUCUGAUUGGUCACAGGUAAAUUAUAAUAAUUCGAUUCAAAAAAUGAAACUUGAUGGCGAAAACAACGAUAUUAUAUGUGAAACAUGUACAAACAAACCUCUUGACAUCACAAACGGCCUACAAGUUCCAAAAAAUGCCGUGAUAGGCAACCACAAUUUUACAGGGGCCGCACUGGAAGUGAAUGGUGUGGAUUUAAGAACCAAAAAGAAAGUGGUUAUAGGCGAAAAAAGUGUUGGAAAAUGGCGGAUAAUUAGAGACAUACUAAUGAUCAGUCUCGCUUUUAUGGUGCACUUCACGGCAUUCAUAGGCACAAGCCAUCUGCAAAGUUCGGUGAACGCUGCUGGAGGUCUGGGUACCACAGCCCUAAUGACAAUCUACGUGGGACAGUCGCUUUCUGCAAUAUUCUUACCAGUCUUAUUAAUGAAAUGGCUGGGAUGCAAGUGGACGCUGGUCGUAUCACAGGUGGCUUACAUGCCAUACAUUGCAGCUCAGGCAUACGCUAAAUUUUACACCUUGGUACCAGCUGCCCUGCUGGUUGGCUUAGGUGCUGGGCCCCUGUGGUGUUCACAAAGUGUCUACAUCAAAACUCUUGCUGAAGUAUAUGCUGAACAUGAGGGACGUCCCACAGACACAAUCUUGGCCAGAUUCUUUGGCAUAUUUUUUACAUUCUACCAAACAUCUGAAGUGUGGGGUAAUCUCAUCUCAUCAUCAGUAUUUUCAGCUGAUAAAUCUCAUGAAGACAAUUCCAACAUUAACAUUAGCACACACAUAUCAGAGACUUGUGGCUAUAAUUUCUGCCCUGGAAGUGAAGCAACUGAAAGCAACCCUAACCUUGAGAGACCUGCUAAUGAAAAAAUUUACACAGUUGCUGGAAUCUAUCUUUCAUGUAUGAUACUUGCUUCCUUCAUCAUUUCAUUUGGAGUUACUUCACUGAAAAGAUACAAUAAAGAGGGGUCAACAAUUAGUGCGGAAGUGUCGGGAGUUCGCCUCAUGGCCGUCACUGUAGAACAACUAAGUGAUCACAGGCUGUUAUUACUUCUCCCUUUGACUGUAUGGAUGGGUAUUGAACAGGUGUUCAGGGGGGCUGAUUACACAUCUGGUUAUGUAUCCUGUUCAUGGGGAAUCAGUAACAUCGGUUAUGUGCUGAUUUGCUACGGAGUUACAAAUUCGCUAGCGUCCCUUUCGACAGGCUACCUAGUCAAGUUGACUGGGCGCUUACUCAUGGUGCUGUCUGCAACGGUGAUCCAAAUCGGCGUAACGGUGACACUUUAUGUUUGGACUCCAGACCCAGUCAACAGUUCCGCAGUUUUCUUUGUCAUCUCUGGUCUGUGGGGAAUUACAGAUGCCGUCUGGCUGGUACAAAUGAAUGCUUUGUAUGGCACCUUGUUCCAAGGCAAUGAAACAGCAGCCUACUGCAACUACCGGACGUGGAAGUCAGUGGGCUUCAUCGUGGCAUACGCAUACAGCCCUAAGCUAUGUGCAAACGUCAAAUUGCAUAUUGUACUCACUAUGCUUAUCAUUGGGACAGUCGGCUUCUGCAUCGUCGAGUGGUUAUCAAGACCGCACAUUAAGGACAAGAAGUAAUCUCUCCCUGCAUUUCCUC